AUGAUUAAUGCAGAAGAAAAUUCCGCCAACGUGUGUCUAUUCAUGUUGGAGUACGACGAUGCAAGGGAAACGCUCCCGGUUCUAUUGCCGCAGAAGAAGUUUGCCUUUGCAUCUGCGGAAACAAAAUCCACAUACAAUUCUGUAUGUGUCGCGCGCAGCGCUGGUGACUUCAACCAGGAAAAGCGUCUUAGAAGGAAGCUGCGUCGACAACUGCAACAAGACCGCGAUAACGAGUGGACGUCAAGAGCGAUGGAGUUUGAGAAGGCGUGGGAGGACAGGAACCCGCGGAAAGCCUGUGCUCUACUAAAACAGUAUAGCGGCAAAAUUAAAAGAUGUUUCCCUGUCUUGAACACUGCCAAUGGUGUAGUCGUCGGUAAAGCAACCCUUCCAAUUUGUAAGGAACACUUCAAGACCUUGCUGAACUGGCUAGCACCAUCAGCCCCUGAACUCGAACACGUUCAUAGACCGACGUACGCGGUUAACGAGGAGCCACCGACCGUGUCGGAGGUCCUGGUCUGUAUUCAAAAAAUGAAGAACGGAAAAUCUGGCGGAGACGACGGGAUUAGCGCAGAAAUGCUAAAAUAUCUUCCUCCGUCUGGGAUUCGUGAGAUGACACCCGUUCAAUAUGGAUAG